UGCGUGACUUUCGCCCGAUUAGAGUCGCUAUUAAUUGUUUCGUAUUCGGCCCAGAGGGUUGAGGACUGACCGAGUUGUCGUGUCGUGUUUCAGGAAACGAUGGCACCGCGUAGGCGAUCUUCGGCUAGAUCGGCGCGGGAGGGGACAAGUGGUGUCCCUGAGCAGAACGAGGCGAGCGGAGACUUGGAGCUUCGCGAUCAGUUGGCCACACUCGUAGGAGUGGUCAGGCAACAAACGGAUGUGGUGCAGCGUCAGCAGGAGGCUGCUCUGCGUCAGGAAGAGCAGAUAAAGAGACUGCAGGAGACGGUGGAUCAGUUGGUGACCACACCCGUUUCGGUUCGUCAUGUACAGCCGGGAGUUGCGGCAGAGGCAUUUCCGUCGGAGUCGGGUGAUCCGACUGCUGUUAGUUCAGAGGUGGAAGCAGAAAGAGAGCGAGCUUUGGCGGCCCUCAUGUCGUUCAAGAAGUUUGAUCCGCCUACUUUUGAUGGGGAGGACACAGAUCCAUGGACUGUGGAGUCGUGGAUUGACUCCAUAGAGUCUAUUUUCGAGGACUUGUACACAGUGGAGCGGGACAAGGUGCGCCUAGCCGUGCAUUGUCUGCAACGAUCAGUGAAGACGUGGUGGAAAGGCAUCAAGCAGAAUCGAUCGCCUAGUCUUCCUCCUAUGACUUGGCAAGAGUUUCGGGAAGUAAUAACUUCAGUUUAUUUCCCCGAUAGUGAAAAGAGGAAGCUUCGGGACAGGUUUCAGAAUUUGCGGCAGGGAGAUCGCUCUGUAAGAGAAUACGAGCGGGAAUUUUCCCGUCUCGUGAAUUGGGUUCCAGGUGUGGUACAAGAUGACAAGGAUCGAGCUGAUUGUUUUGUACGAGGACUUCAGCCUGAUAUUUUUAAGGCAGUGCAUAAUCUGAAGUUGCAAACCUUUGCUGAAGUUUUGGAUCGGGCCUUGUGGAUAGAACAAGGCAAUGCAUCUGUGCGGGAGGAGCGCGAGUCUUAUUACAAGGAAAAAGGGAAAGGACGGCCAGCAAGUGGGGACGAUGGUCAGUCAAGUUCUCAGCAAACCUCAAAGUAUUCGCGCUCGCGAUCUCGAGCUCCGGGAACAUAUAGCAUUCGAUCCUCAGCACGAUGUGUUGUUUGUGGGGGUCCUCACUACCCACAGCAGUGUGAGCAGCGAGAAGGCAAGUGCUUCAGAUGUGGACAGCCAGGUCAUGCGCGGGACGAGUGUCCACAGGGUGAUAGUCGAGCCGGACGCUAACGACGGCAUUUUCCUCUCCGGGACAGCUUGCAGGUGUGCUACCUGCGGCACGGUCUGGAGAGCGAAUGAGGAUAAGGCAAUCCAGGGGUUCGCGGCGAACGACAAGUGGCCGUGGAUAGGCGUUCCAUGUGGAGGAACCUGCUGCGACUGUUGGCACUGUGACAGGAUAGAAGCCCUAAAGUGAAAUUGACCGCGUGUAAACCUAAUUGGGGAUAAAAGAAACGCGCUGGCGAAGUCGGUUCGGCAAUCCGACGCUCCUACGCGAAGAUAUCGCCAAAAGAAGAUUUUCGGCGUCGAAAGUCGCGAGCGCGGGUCGCGAUUCUCGGGAAAGCGCUAGAAGCGCAUUUCUCCCAUUCCGGCAUCAAAGACAGGUUCCAGUGCGAGUAUUGUGGCCGAGGAUCGAGGCAAGAGCCAG